AUGGACGACUCAAUCUACGAUACAUCAUGGACCCUGUACUCUAUCCCGUCGCCAACGACAUCACUUCGUGCUCUCCUCUCCUCGCCUCCAUCGACAUCUCAAUCCCCAAGAUCCAGGUCUCCCAUUCUUGAGAAGCAUGCAGAAGCCUUCCAAAACUCCCUCGUUGAUCGGCAUCGCCCACGCUACGAAGAUGAAGAAGAAAGAGAGAAACUGGGUGGAUUGCGAGCCGUCUCUUGGACGAGACUUGCACCGACAAGCCGGGAUGAGGCAUCGCCCCGCAGGAAGCAAAAGCGCAAACGCAACGAGACGACCCUCGACGAUAGUCACAUAGCACUGGAACGAGGCCUACUGGUGUCGUUGGUCUACGACAAGGCGACCUACAGAUUCGCCAUCAUCAGCGCCCAGCAGCAUGGAACCUCCAACAAACGAACCAAGACGUCCGCUUCUAGCGACUCCUCCUCAUCACGAACAGCCGACGAGGCGGACAGCGCAGCCAUCGUGUUAGCGAAAGCUUCGCCCGCAGUCUUCAAGGCCUUCCACGGCUAUCUAACCAGCACCUUUGCGAUCCAGGAUAUGCACGCACUCAAACUGCCACCUGCGUUCCUGGCAUCGACGCUCGCGAGGUAUAUAUCGAGUAUUUACGCCGUGCUCUCACAGACCACAUCAGAGCGCCAGCUACCGCAGGACAUGAAGGCGAUUCUCGGCACGAUCAAACUCUCGAUCAGCUUCUCUGCGCCCAUAGCGCCGAGCCUGAAGAUGCUCGACGUCGAGGUACCGAGCGAGAGCGUGCUGGUGGCGUUGCGCGAUUUGGACACCGACAGAGACGGUCGAGACGGUAGAGAACGCAGGGGGCGGGACGAUCCCACCGCACAGAGCAUAUUGAAAGUGCUAAGCAGAUGGGUCCACGAACGAACGGGAAUCAGCCUCCCUCUCGGCCCCGACGAGACCCAACGCACUGCCCCUUCUCAAUCUCACGCAUCAUCCACAAAUCCAAAUCACAUAGACCCCGGUAACCCGGAUCCCGGCAAAUCCUCAGCAGACGCAGCACACGCGCCGCGUUCAGAACCCCCGAUGCGGGUAUCACGCAUCCUCUCCGCCGCCUACGCGAUCUCGAGCGAAGGCCGGCUGAAACUCUCCUUGAAAUCCGCACAGACCUGUGAGGAUGGGCCUGCCGACGGCGACCAUGGUGGGGAUUUCGCACGCGACGGUUCAUGGAAUGUCGUGCGGAAGGCGAAUGAGACCCUCCUCGCCGCUGCAGUGCAAGAGGCCGCCCGCCAGCUGAGUGAGGACUCGUGA